AUGGCGGCGCUGGUGCUGGUGCUGCUAGCAGCGCUGGGCGGGCGGGCCGUGCUGCCGGGCGGGCGGUGCGCGGCGCCGCUGGCCGACCUGCGCUCGCAGAUCUCGGGCGUGGAGUCGCUGCUGGAGGAGUUUCGCCGGCAGCUGCAGCAGGAGGAGCCGGGACCGCCGGCGGCGGCGGCGACGGGCGGCGGCGAGGAGCGGUGCGGCGGCAGCAGCGGCUUCUCCACCAGGCCCGACUCCAUCAUCCGCACCAAGGACUCCAUCGCGGCCGGCGCCACCUUCCUGCGGGCCCCCGCCGCUGUGGCGGGCUGGCGGCAGUGCCUGGACGCCUGCUGCGCCGAGCCGCGCUGCACGCUGGCCGUGGUGCAGGGGCCCGGCCGGCCGCGGGGCGCGGCGGCGGCGGAGCUGGGCUGCUACCUCUUCAACUGCACGCACCGCGGCCGCCCCGUCUGCCGCUUCGCCCCGCACCGCGGCUACAGCACCUACAGCCGCCGGCCCGCCGGCGCCGCCCCGCUGCCGCCCGCCGCGCCGCCGGAAGAAGAAGAAUACGACGAGCCUCCACGGUGCAAGGCAGGACAAGACAUUGUGCUGCAGUCACCUGUCGACUGGGUGCUUUUAGAUGGCCGAGAAAGCUCAGAUGACCGUGGAAUUGUGCAGUACGAGUGGACGCUGCUGCAAGGUGACUCAUCGGUUGAAAUGAAGGUACCACAGCCAGGAACACUGAAACUAUCUCACGUCCAGGAAGGCGGGUAUAUUUUCCAGCUAACUGUGACAGACACUGCAGGUCAGCGGAGCUCUGACAAUGUGUCUGUGACCGUUCUACCCAUGGUUCAUUCUGCAGUAGCCUGUGUCGGGGUUUGCUCUCGCUACCAGUUUAUCUGCGAUGAUGGCUGCUGCAUUGACAUCACAUUUGCUUGCGAUGGCGUGAGACAGUGCCCUGAUGGAUCGGAUGAAACUUUCUGCCAGAACUUCAGCCCGGGACGGAAGACAGUGACUCACGCAGCUCUUGGCACUACCCAGCAAAGGACUAUAGGACUGACAGAAAACACAGAUGAAAACUUCUCUGCAGAAAACACCCUGAAAGCCACUGCCAGAAAUCAACCGCUUCUUUCAGUGGAUGCAGACAAGUCUAACCAAUCGCUUUCUCAGGGACCAAAGAAACAAAUCAGUGGAUUUGUGCCAGAUAACAGUUCCUCAGGGAAAAGAACAGGUGAUAAAAAUGGGAAUGGCGUAAUUGUGCCAAAGAGAGAUCAGCUUGGAAGUGGCCGUCCAGUCCCGGAAACAGGUGCUGUGCUACCCUUAGCUUUAGGCUUGGCCAUCACUGCUUUACUGCUGCUUAUGGUUGCUUGCAGACUGCGUUUAGUGAGACAGAAGCUUAAAAAAGCUCGACCCAUUACAUCUGAAGAGUCCGAUUACCUCAUCAAUGGGAUGUAUCUCUAAAAAUUGGAUUUAGGUCAGUUGUUUUUGCCCCUUUCUCCUGUGUCCAUGAACCUCUGCCUCUAUAAAAGGACCAAAACCUUUAGUUAAGUGUAGAAGAAGCCUUGAGAUGAGGAACAUGUUCUUCCCCUUUGGUGAUAAAAUAAAAAAGUGGGUAGAUGCCUGUGCUCAGAA